UCCACCGCGCGCAGCAAGACGCACGCUGCCGUCGUCACCAGUACAUACAGGAAGUAAUGAGCUGCUGUCUGCUGGUCGAACCUGGUGGUGAACAGUGAACUGGUGAUCUGGUGAACGGGGGGAGCGGAGGAGGAACCGGAGCAGGAACCGGAGCUGAAGGAGGAAGCGAUAAAAACAUAUAAUGACAUCUGAGCUACAACCGUCAGCGGACCGCGAGCUGAACGUCUGAACGUCUCUAACGUCUAGCGGUCCCUCCAGGCCUCCGUCCUCCAUGCCUGCUCCCCCAGGCUUCACUCGACUGGAGCAGAAUGAGCCGAUGAACUCUCUGCGUAUCUCUGUCGGAGGCCUUCCUAUGUUGGCGUCGAUGGCCAACACCACUGACCCUCGUUUCCGCCUUAAGUGGAGGCCCAUCGUGGCGGUGGCCUUCUUCCUGGCCCUGCUCCUGCUGAUCUCCAUGCACUUGACCUCGGGCUUUCGGUCCCGCUCCUACGACUCGCACGUCUGGAGACCGAGUCGCGGCGACACCCAACCGUCAGACUCCAGCUACAAUGACACCUACCCUCUCAGUCCGCCCGAGCACACGUCGCAGGGCACCCGCUACCGCAUCGCAGUCAUCGCCGACCUGGACACGAGUUCUCGUAGCGACAAGAAGCUGACGUGGUUCAGCUACAUGCGGCGGGGGCACCUGUUGCUGUCCAAAAGUCUUGAAAAGGUGGCGGUUCAGUGGGAUGAGGACAGGGUGCUGCUGGAAAGCCACCUGUCGGAGAAGGGAAGGGGGAUGGAGCUGUCUGAGCUGGUGGUGUUCAACGGGAAGCUCUACAGCGUCGACGACAGGACGGGCGUCGUCUACCACAUCGACGGUGACAAGAUUGUGCCCUGGGUCAUCUUACCUGACGGCGACGGCAGUGUUGCCAAAGGUUUCAAAGCCGAGUGGCUGGCGGUGAAGGACAAGCACCUGUACGUCGGCGGUUUGGGGAAAGAGUGGACCACCACUGAGGGCGAGUUCGUCAACAACAACCCAGAGUGGGUGAAAGUGGUGGGCUUCAGAGGGGACGUACAACAUGAGAACUGGGUACCCAUAUACAAAUCUCUGAAGGCUGCUGCAGGGAUCGAGCCUCCAGGGUAUUUCAUCCACGAGUCAGCAGCGUGGAGCGACACCCUGCAGCGCUGGUUCUUCCUCCCUCGCCGCGCCAGCAAGGAGCGCUACGAGGAGAAGGCGGACGAGCACCGCGGCACCAACCUCGCCCUCAGCUGCUCGCCGGAUUUCCAGGACAUCGUUGUAAGUCGAGUGGGACCGCUCAACCCCACUCACGGGUUCUCCUCUUUCAAGUUUGUACCCAACACGGACAACCAGAUCAUCCUGGCUCUCAAGUCGGAGGAAGACGCCGGGAAGAUCGCCACGUACAUCAUGGUCUUCACGCUCGACGGAAGCAUCCUUUUACCUGAAACCAAGAUCGGGGACGUGAAAUACGAGGGCGUGGAGUUCAUAUAGACUGAGUCGCUCUUGAGGCCACUGCACUGUUGUUUUGUUUACAAUCCAGUCACUGUUGAAGCUACUGUACUCGCUGCUUCCUCAUUGAGACACAACUCCAACCCUUAAAGGAUCGUCUUUAAGAAGAAGAACUAUGGCCUGAGACUGUUAAAAAAAGGGUCUUUUGAGAAAGUGCCAGUCAACACUAACAAUGCCAGCAUGUCUUGCGGUGGAUCGUGUCCUUCCCAGGACAAAUGUGGCCCUCAACAGUACUGUAGCCUUUCUUAUAAUGAAUGUACAAACGAUUGAUUUAUCAGACUGUGACUUCUUUUCCUAAAGCAUACACUUUCAUGCACAUACUGUAGACUCACCAAAGGACAAAGGUUUGUUUUUCUAACCUGUUGCUCCAUGUUAAACAUCAUUGUGUACACACCAGACAUGUUAUUUUCAGUGGAAUAACUAAAGGCCUGUUUUUAUUCUUCAUAAAACUCAACAUUAUUUGAAGGACGUUUCGGUGAUAAAAAUGAAUUAUGUAAUGUUUUCGGUGGGAUGACUUGAGUAAAAAAAAAAAAAAAA